AUGGCGUCGCUUUGCUCAAUGGUUCUCGUCUGCGUUUCUCUUGUCAUCGCUUUGACCGCGUCCGUAACCGCCAAAAUCGAACCUGCCAUCCGAAAUGACGGAAUAGGCCUCGACAAGGUCCAGUAUGCAGUGAACCAGAGUGUCCUAGCAGGUACACACCCUAUAGGGUGGUAUUCGCCCAAAGGGCUCUGCUCCGGGCACUACUGCGUCCACUCGAACCGCCAAGUUGCCAGCCGUCGAGGCAUUGUGGUGAUCUCCAUGUCGAAAGUGCGCGAAAAGAUUGACUCCAUGAAGGCACUGCUGGACAAGCCGAGUAACAAUCAAGACGCGAGUCCAUUCCCGUUCGACACAAUCGAGGACGCUGACAACGGACUGACUCUCUUGGCCGCCAAGAAAGUCCGCCGCGGCACGCCUUUGAUGAACUGGACGCCUGUGUUCCUCAUUCACAAGGACUUCUUUGAUGACGAGCCAGAGGCCGAGCAAGACCGGCUGCUCGAGGCGGCUCUCCAGCUGCUGCCCGACGAGACGCGCCAAAAGGUCAAUAGUUACCGCCAGCGGCCGGGCGGUGGCAUGCAGAGCCUGAGGGAGUUCGUCCGCUCGCAUCCCUUUGAAAUCAACCUCAGCUCGCCCUUCGACAAGGAGCAGUCCGAGAAGCACUUCGCCACGUACCCAGAGGCCUCGAUCCUCACGCACGACUGCCGCCCCAACACGGCCUACUUUAUCGGCCCGGAGCUGGCCGCCCAGUUCACGGUCGCUCGCAAGCUCGAGCCGGGCGAGACGGUCACGGUCUCGGUCUUUGACUCGAUGCUCCCGCGCGCCGUCAGGCAGGAGCUGUCUCACCGGGUGCGAGGCACGAACUGCUCGUGCUCGGCCUGCAUUGCCGGUGGCAACCUCAUGGGCGUGACCAAGGCUGAGGAGCGGCUGCGCGAAAUCAAGUCUCUCGAGGAGCUUCUCAAGGACCCGAGGACGAGCGGUGUGACGGUCAAGAUGGUGGACCGGUACUUGUCUCUGUACGAGCAGGAGAGGCUGCAGAGCCGGAUGAUGGAGGCUUACUGGACCGCGGCGAUCAACUACAAUAAUCUGGGGUAUGAGAAGAGGGCUCUCAAGUAUGUCCACCUAGCGAUACAGGCAGGAAUCAUCGAGAUGGGCAUCGAGUCAAAUGAUAUCGUUGCCAUGCGUAUCAUGGCUGCUGACCCCAAGGGUCACUACAGCUGGCAGCAGAGACUCAACGGGUUCAACGGUUGA